CGGCAGCCGUCGCAGGGCGAUUGCGAAGCAGCCACGCGGGGCUCGGUUCCUGUGCCGGGGUGUCCAAGAUGGUGAAGGCUCAGUACCGGGGCCGCUGCUCGGUCAACCCGUCCACCGCCAGCACCAACCCAGAUCGGCCCAAAGAUGGGGGAGGCCUCAAGAGGGACAGGGCAACUAUUAAACGUCUUAAUAUGUACAGACAGAAGGAACGAAGAAACAAACAUGGGAAGAUUGUCAAGCCACUGCAGUUCCAGUCAACAGUUACAUCUGGCACCACGUCUCGAGUGGAACCAAACAUCAAGUGGUUUGCUAACACUCGAGUCAUAAAGCAGUCAUCUCUGCAGCAAUUCCAAGAAGAGAUGGGCAGUGUUAUGAAAGACCCUUAUAGGGUAGUUCUUAAACAAACCCAGCUUCCGAUGUCUCUUCUGAAUGACCGAAUCACACCUCAUAAUUCAAAAGUACAUAUUCUGGAUACAGAAACAUUUGAAACAACGUUUGGCCCUAAAGCACAGCGAAAGAGACCAAAUCUUAGUGUAUAUGAUAUGGAAGGCCUGGUGGAAAAAGCUGAAACCUCAGUAAAAGAAUAUAAUCUGGAAAAAGACCGAGAUCUGGUUGUGGAAGAUACUGGAGUGCGGGAUGAAGUUAGAGAAGAAAUCUUCAAAAAAGGACAGUCAAAGAGAAUUUGGGGUGAGCUAUACAAGGUUAUUGAUUCAUCGGAUGUCAUAAUCCAAGUGUUGGAUGCCAGAGAUCCAAUGGGAACACGCUCUCCCCAUAUAGAGGCUUAUUUAAAGAAGGAAAAACCAUGGAAACAUCUGGUUUUUGUGUUUAACAAGUGUGACCUUGUACCUACUUGGGCUACUAAACGAUGGGUUGCCGUGCUGUCCCAUGAAUAUCCAACUCUUGCAUUUCAUGCGAGCCUCACCAAUCCCUUUGGAAAAGGAGCUCUGAUCCAACUUUUGCGACAAUUUGGGAAGCUGCAUACUGAUAAAAAGCAGAUCAGUGUAGGCUUCAUUGGUUAUCCGAACGUUGGCAAGAGCUCCAUCAUUAAUGCACUUCGAUCAAAGAAAGUCUGCAAUGUUGCACCAAUUGCUGGAGAAACAAAGGUUUGGCAGUAUAUUACUCUGAUGCGGCGUAUUUUCCUUAUUGACUGUCCUGGGGUUGUGUAUCCAUCUGGUGACACAGAGACUGAAAUUGUGUUGAAAGGAGUGGUUCAAGUUGAGAAAAUCAAAAGUCCCGAAGAUCAUAUUGCUGCCGUGUUGGAAAGAGCUAAAGCAGAAUAUAUCAGCAGGACCUACAAAAUAGAUUGCUGGAGCGAUCCAGUUGAUUUCUUAGAGAAGCUGGCGUUCAGAACUGGAAAGCUUUUGAAGGGUGGAGAACCUGACAUACAAACUGUGGCCAAAAUGGUUUUGAAUGAUUGGCAAAGAGGGCGAAUACCUUUUUAUGUUAAACCACCAGAUGCUGAGGGCGACUCUCAGCCAUUAGCUGUGUUAAAAGUGGAAAAGGAGCCAAAUAAAUCUGAUCAAGUGGAAGAGUUGUCAGAAACAGUGAUUGUUGAAAAAGAACAGGAGAAAGCUGAAAAUCCAAUAGUACCACAAAUCGUUGCACACGUAAGGCAAAACUUUGGGAAAAUCAACGUGGCGCCUGAAUUUUCUGAGGCGGACCUUCUACCUGUGAACAUUUCUGAAGAUGAAGACGACAUUUUGGUUGAAGAAGAGGAGGAAGAGCUGGGUAACGAAGAUAGUGAUGGGAAAGAAUCAACUGGUGCUGAACUAAAUAAACUUCAGGAGAAUAAUCACCAAUAUGUGGACAAGCCAAAACAGACACUGCGGGAUUUGGAUGAAAAGAUUGCAAAAUACAAAAAGUUCUUGGAUAAAGCAAAAGCAAAGAGAUUCUCAGCUAUAAGGAUUCCUAAGGGACUUACCACAAAAUUACUCACACAAACAAGUCAAAAGACAUCUGAUGAGACACAGGAAUCUACAGAAAAUGGUGGUAGAAGAAGAAAAAGAAAAGCUCAAAAUGAAUCAGAGGAUGAAGAACCUGCUCCCAAACUUUCAUCCAAAGAGAGGCGAAGGCUGGACCGUUUGCAGCGCUCAAAGAAGGUUGGCGUCCGGUAUUAUGAAACACACAAUGUCAAGAACAAAAAUAAAAACAAAAAGAGCCCUGCAUCCAAAUCACAGAAAUGUAAAAAGAAACGAUAACUUUGAAAUAAAGAGACUUUCUCUUUUUAAA